AUGUGUUUUUGGGAGCCGCCGCAGAUCAAUAACCCGGCCUAUAAGGGCGAGUGGAAACCCAAACAGAUCGACAAUCCCGCCUAUAAGGGCCCGUGGGUUCACCCGGAGGUCGAUAACCCCGCGUAUGUCGCCGACACUAACCUCUACCUGCAAAAGGACGUGUGCGCCAUCGGCUUCGACUUAUGGCAAGUGAAGGCCGGAACCAUUUUCGACAACGUGUUGAUUACCGACAGCGAACAAGAGGCCGAUGAGAUCCAGGACGAGAUCCUCAACUCCACAGUGAAAGACGAGAAGAUAAUGAAAGACAAGUUGGAUGAGGAGGAGAAGAAGGCCACCGACUCAGAGAAGAAGACAGAAGACAAGGAGGACGACGACAAGGAAGAAGAGACCAAAGAGGAAGAAGAGGACGAACACGAACACGAAGAGCUAUAA